CCAGCUUGAGUUCGGUUUGUUUCUUCACCUCCAUUGCCCAAGUCUUAAACCCAACUCAUUAAAAUUAAUCAAAAGUCAUCACUUUCAUCAAUUCUUCCCCGAUAACCUCAAUUUCAAAGUCUUCCCCCUUUGCCCAAAUCUACCCCCCCCCAAAAGUCCUGCUGUCCCUUUUGACCCUUGUUUUUUUAACCGAUCUACUGGGUUGUUUUCCUGCUUGGAGGGGAUGGAAGAUAUCAAUUCCGAGGCAGGCUUAAACUCGGCUGCGGCUUUUGUGGAAGGGGGAAUCCAGGAUGCUUGUGAUGAUGCCUGCAGUAUAUGCCUCGAAGGAUUCUGUGAAAGCGAUCCAUCCACGAUGACUGGCUGCAAGCAUGAGUUCCAUCUUCAGUGCAUACUUGAAUGGUGUCAGAGGAGUUCUCAAUGCCCCAUGUGUUGGCAGACAAUUAGCCUGAAAGAUCCGACUAGCCAGGAGCUGCUUGAGGCUGUUGAACGGGAAAGGAGUUUCAGGUUCAAUCCCUCAAGAAAUGCUACCAUAUUUCGUCAUCUGACUCUUGGGGAUUUCGAACUACAACAUCUGCCUGUGGGCGUGAAUGAGACAGAGCUUGAGGAGCGCAUAAUUCAGCACUUGGCUGCAGCUGCUGCAAUGGGGCGAGCACGUCACAUUUCAAGAAGGGAAGCUCUGAGGAAUAGGUCAUCAGCACAAGGGCGUUGUCCGCAAUUCUUGGUAUUUGCUCAUUCAAGUGAACCCUCCUCAAAUGAUCCUGUAGCUUCGUUAUCUCCAACUCCAAGUGAAGGUGAACAUGUCCGUGCAAUUGCUGUUUCUCCUGCAAGAACAAUGGGGGAAGAAUCUUUGGCAUCAAUUACUCCUCUACCUUCUGUCCAAGCUGAUCAGCAGUCUGCCUUGGCAUCUGGGUCCAGUGCUCUUUCGGUCAACGAUCAAGGGACUUCCUCAAACUCUAGCAGGUCUCCUAGUCAGUCUUCUCCAAAUAGUCAAGAUAGAGCUGGACCUUCAGAAGCUCAGUCAUUUCCCGAAUCACUAAAAUCACGGUUUAAUGCCAUUUCAACGAGAUACAAAGAGUCGAUUUCAAGGAGUACAAGGGUCUGGAAAGAAAGAUUUUUCUCUCGCAACACUUCCAUGGCAGAUAUUGGUUCUGAAGUAAGGAGAGAGGUUAAUGCUGGCAUUGCAACAGUCUCUCGCAUGAUGGAACGUCUAGAAACCUGAGAUAAUAGAAACAGCACUGAUACUAUAACAAGCACUUUAGAGAAUAGCUCUAAUCCAGAACCAAAUAUUCACCAAACUACUACAGCUACUGUAACUAGCAGUUCUGAGAGCGGUUCUAAUCCGGAACCAAAGGACCAUCAGAUAUCAGAUGCAAGUGGAGAAGCUCCUUUUACCGACACCAGUGCACACACUUCAUGUGCUACGAGUUCAGCAUCCAAAUAAGUAUCAUUUCAACUAUUGCAUCAACUGAAAGUGUUUUAGCAUCAAAGGUAGGCUAAGGUGUUGAAAUUUUGCUUGAUUUUGAUAUCUGCAUGUAGAUGAUCAUUUAUCUGAUAUUUCAUUCCUAUCUAAAGCCUACUCAAAUUGGCAAUUGCUAUGAUGACUGGUUC